AUGUCAGAAAGAGGUGAGGGUGGCGGUCGGUGGGAUCCGAGAUCGGGCAGCCGGCCUGGCCACGAGGGGCAGCGCGAGAGGGGCGAGCGAAGGGAAGAGCGUGAGGGAAGGCGGCAUGGAGAGGGUCGAAGAGAAGAGGGUCGUCGCCGGCAGCCUUCAGGACCCAGUUGGGGAGGGGAAGGCAGAAGUCCUGGGCUAAGGGGAAGAGGCAGGGGAUUCCGACCCAGCCCUAGGCUGCGCCCUUUAACCGAGAGCCUUGAGCGUGCCCUCGAGCCCACGAGCCAAAGGCAAGGCCAGGUGUUGUGCAAUGCAUGGACCAUGCGACUAGAAGAGGGCCUCCAGGCAUGGGGAUACCCUCUGAGCAUAAGAGAACGUGGGACUGAAAGACCGGUAGAGGAACGAAAGGAGCGCAGAAAGAUUUUGGCACAGCUCUUGAAGGCGCUUACUGGAAUCCAGGAGUCCCCGGAACGCCAGAGACCGAGACGAGUUGUCUCUAGAGGUGCUCAACAUUCGGAGCUUCUGCGCUGGAUCAUCGUCUAUUCAGAACGCAUACGUGAGCUGAUCCGUGACGAGCCAACACGCGAAGUUGCCGUACGUGACGGAGACGCCCCACCGAAGGUAUACACUGUCACGUUUGGAGAAGAGCGAGAGCUUUCUGGAGCUAACUGGCGUUUUUACUUCGUUGCGGCCAUGAUGAUUACGCUGGAGGCAGCAAACUACCAAAGGGCUUUAGGCCAAUCUCAGUACAUUAGACUGGACCCCCGUACUCUUAAAAGUGAUAUGGAACUCUACGGUGUUGAUGCAACCCUAAUCCAAAGCGACAACGCUUGGCUGCUGAAGGUGACCAGACACGACCGCAAGCUAGAGGCAGGCACUCUAGAGGACCACCUGCGGCAAAUGGACUACCAGCAGGCCCAGCUUACAUACAGGAACCGCCUGUGCGUUACAGUGCACAAGGGAAACCUGUACAGAAUUGUAAAUAUUACGGACACAACUGCGGACAGAACAACGUUUGAAAAAGGUGGAGCCACCAUCACUGUAGCACAGUAUUUCAAGGAUGCCUAUAACGAAAAUGUGGACGGGAAGCAGGUGAUCACGGCAAAAGAGGCCCGUGGAGGUUCAAGGCUAUGCUACUUGCCCGCCAACCUUCUCAGGGUCAUCGCACAGGUCCCACAGCCGGUGGAGGGCUCACGGGCAAUGCUAAGGCCGAAAAGUGCUCAAGAAACUCUGCUGGAGUGCACGGAGCUGGUAAAAGACAUAUUACGCACGCCAGCAGUGCGAGAGCAGAUGGCAGAGCUCAAGGUGCACAUUGGCGACAACGGCGGACUCCCCAUAGACGUCCACAAGGAUAUCACGAGCCUGCGGAAGGUCAUGGGGGACGAGCUUCGCUAUGGGGAGCCGCGGAUUUCGUGGGGUCCAGAAAAGAAGGAAGAACAGCAGGACACUUUCGUUGAACUGACUUCUGACUUCCGCGCUCGGCUUUGCCAGCAUCUUGUUCUACGACACAAGGUGCCCCUUAAUAGUAACUGGAUGCUUGUUGUCUGCACUGGGCGCAGAGAACACGGGGGAUCCAGAGCUGUGGAGUCCAUCAAGAACACGAUUGAGCUCACGCGACAGAGAAUUCGUCACAGGGGUCAACUGACAGUCGACAUGGAUGCUCCGGCUUUUUGCGAACAUUUCAUCCGAAGCGAAGCCGAUUGGAAAAGGGGAAGGGUUGAGAGGACUAAACGAAGCUUGCGAGAUCUGUUCAUAAGACAGAGGCAUGGUCUACGAGGAGCUAUUAUUUUGCUCGCCUACGACUCAGAUGACACGAACAAUAGAGUACGCGUGGCUGCAAAACAGGUUUCCGUUCAACAAGACUUUCCAAUACAAUGUUGCAAGCUUCAAACGCUCCAAGCCUUUAAGAGUAAGCCCGAGGACAAGUCCAUGAACAUGUGGUGGAACGUAUACCUACAGUUUCAAACGAAGAUAACCGACGAUGCUCUUCGCGCCGGGAUUCCAUGGGCAGCGGAUCAGCUGCUGGCGCCUAUUAGGGAAGGCGUGAGACCGCCACAAGUAUCCGAGGUUGUUAGGGUCAUUGGCAUAGCGGUUAAUUCCUUCGGGCCUUCUAGCGCUCGCUGCGGGGUCGUCGGCAUUGUCGGAGGAAGAAAUGCUGGGCAUACGCAGUUCGUGAGCCACAUCGGUGCAUCGGCUCCUGCUAACUACCGCGCUGGGGUUAUAAAGGACAUGGAGAAGCACUUCAAGCUUUUCUGGGAAAAGCUGACGUUCGAAGAGAGCACAAAGCCGCAAAAGCAUGCACCUGUGCACCUUCUUAUAUACAGGUCUGCUCCCAGCGGAAGCUCGCAAAUAAAAGAGGUCCUGGCCCAAGAAGUAACAGCCAUCAAAAAAGUCCUUGCAGCUGACCUCGGCAAUUUCGAAUUCUCCCCAGAAACCAGUGAACUGAUCGUCGAACACCCCAUGGCUACUGCCUUCCCUGAUGCUGAGUUUGCAAUUGUCCUGACAGUGUGCCCUGCUGCUGAGAUGCGGAGAUCCGCUGGCAAGGCGGAAGAAAUCACUCAGCACGUAAGGCCGAGACAUGAAACCCUGACUUGUCAAGGGGCAACCAUUGGAUCGGAAGGCCGGCGUACCCUAAGGUUCAAGCUACAGGAGGGAAAAGAGCCUCUGCUUCAAGCGAUGGCCAUACUGGUCUCUGAAUUUGACGUUCCUGAGCCGGAAGAGUUCCAGGUUGAAGAGGGAGAAGAAGGAAAAAGAAUUACACUGCCAGAUGAUCACCCGAUUCUGGUGUAUGCAAAGUCUAAUUCGAGGUGGCUCAAGAAUAUCGAGCUGCAGUUUACAAGUACUGCCGACGGCCCCUUGAAUGGAUUCAAAGGAGUCAUUGUCCCGGUGCACGGAGAAAUUUAUGCGGACGUGAACAUCCAGGAAGACGAGUCAAGCCCAGAAGCUGAAUCGAGUAUAGGGGACACAAUUUACCUAAGACAAGCUGCAAUCAGCCAGUUGGUUCAGAAGGUAUUCAUCAACGUUUUGGUGAAUCCACAUCGUCCCGCGAACCCAAUGAAGUUUUUCAUGAAGGGGAGAGAGGGUGUACAAGGUUUGCCAGUUGGGGCUUAUAUUGACAGCGGCCCUAUUAUUCCUGUAGCUCCAAAUACGGAAACGCCUGAGGAGAAGUUCUUAAUAGGAACAGCAGAUCCCACUCGAGGCUCUCCUUCGGCAUCGGAGUUCCACGUUGCACAAAACGAAAGUGACUGGUCCAAACAUUACCUCGCCGUAGUGUCUUACAAGCUAUGCCACAUGUACUACAACUGGGCCGGAACCGUCAAACACCCGCACCUCCUGCAGAUGGCCUUGGCAAUUGUACGCCAACACGCCAUCUACAUCGGGUCAGAAAGCGGGUUUGGACUGGAGUCUGAAUUUACACUUGAGCAGCAGCCUGAGGAGGAGACCGCAAAAGAGCGCCCCGCUUCCCCGGAACUGGGAGAGGAACCCGAAAUUCGUGAGCGGGUUCAAAAGAGGAGGCAGGAAGCGGGUCAGGAGGCCCCUGCAGCGAUGCGGGUGCAGCGGGAAACGGAAGAGGACGCUGAAGAACGGAAUGCAGGUCUUGAGAACCUCAAAGAGCUCAAGGAAGCUCUAGAAAAUAGAGAUAGCAUCCUCAUGACCACUGCCUUCAUGCUCUAG